CAUUGGCGCCAUCUAGCGGUUAAAUGUUAUAAUUGCACUAAUACUAAAGGCGCUUCUGCUUGGACGUGCUUUGUUUCACCUGCUUGUCUACAUACCUAUUAUCAAUUUAAGAAGUGCUUACUCAACUGCUUUUCCACCAUUUGGUAGACAUGGCGUCAAUAAAAGAAAGAGCCGCGGCGUUAAACCUUGCAGAAAAGUUGUGUGUGCGUCCUCAAGCUCAUGGAGUGGUCAGUAAACCCUUCCAGUCUUCCUUCAUGUGGAGUGGCCUCAUCUCCCACCUCAGGUCUACCGUGACAGUGAAGCGUCGACGAGUCCACCUCAAGUCUCACAGCGACUGUUUCCUCGGCUCAGAGGCUGUAGAUGUAGUGGCAGAAUACAUUAGCUGUGGCAAACUCUUUGUGGGCGCCGAUGUGUCCAGGGACAAAGUGGUGUGUGUGUGCCAGGCUCUGUUGGACUGUAAUGUGUUUGAGGCAGUGGGUACCAAAGUGUUUGGCAAAGACAAGAAGCAGAAUGUGUUUCAGGACAGCAAGAGUGCUCUUUACAGGUUGGUCGGUGUGUGCUCUCCUUCGGUCGAUGAGUUGGAAAGAGGUGCUCUUGUGAAGGGGAUCCAGAAACUGUUCUGCAGCGCUCCUUCAGACAGGCAGGAAGAGCAGACAUGUGAGCCUCUGGUGGACAGUCUGAGUGCGAGUCCCAGCAGAGUGCAGACUGACACUGUUUUACCACAAUCAUUGAUAGAGGAGGUAUGGCAGGAGCAGACUCUGCUGAGGCUGUUUAAGGUGGUGGAGCUCCCCCUGUUGGAAGGGGUGCUACAAUGCUGCCAGACCCCAUCCCCUCCUUCUCCAUCAAACCUGCUGGCUCACAGUAACCCAGACCUGAUCUACAGCAGCAACCACCUGGACAGGCAGAUCCUCAAGGCCCUCAGGGACUCUCAGGAGGAUGAGUGGUUCUGUGCAGCUCUGGACUGUCUGGACUUCCUCCCUGAUCAGCCAGUGGUGGAGCUGAGCAGGGAGCUGCCUCACUGUUUCCCACAAGAUCAGGAGAGCUGGGAACAAGUGUCAGCUGGGAGCAGUUCACAAGAUGGAGUGCAGUCUCAGAGGUCUGUGUCCACCCCGGCCAACAACAGUGAUGAGCAUCCUCGUCUCUCCCAGAAUGGUUUGGCUCAGUGUAAGCUGCUGCUCUACAGGACCCUGAUGAAACAUUACGGCCACACAGACAGACCUCCCCUGAUGCCCCAGCACAUGGCGGACAUCUACACCGCCGUCACUGACCUGCUGGUGAAUGCUAAAUUGGGCACGGCUCUUGAAGCUCUGCAGUUGUGCCUGAAGCUGCUGCCUCCUGGCUGCAGAGACGAGCUGUGCAAGCUGCUUACAUUCAUGGCUCUGGCAGCUGACCCACAAGGGAUAAAACUGGACAAGGAGAUGGAGAACAGACAGGCGGUGAAGAAGUUUUUCUUUAGGGCGAUCAUCUACAGCAGGGUUCUUUCAAAGGAGAAAGAGGACCUGAUGGUGGUCUUCAUGCUCAGCAACAUAAGGGAAAUGUUUAAGAUACCAGGGGCUCUGCACAAAGGAGUGAGUGACCAGCUGGCCGGCCUCGUACAGGGGAAGCAGCCCGAUGUGACUGGCUUUACUUUCUGUCAGCAGGAGACAAAGGAGACAACCAAGCAGGCACUGUGGCCUCUGCUGAACACCAUCCACCUGGACACCAAGAUCUCUGCCAAGGAGAAAAGACGCCUACUCAGACAGUUUUAUCAAGCCCACCCAGAGAUAUUUAACCAGUACUUUGGUGAAUCCGCUCUUAAUGUGCUGUAGUUUUGUGAAAACAAUGACACAAACACAGUCUAUCUCUCUCUUCUACAGUCAGUUUCACCAGUAGCUAGUUUUUUUGUUUAGUUUUUUGGUAAAUUGAUGGUCUUUUAGACACAAGCUAACUGACUUAAAGACAUAUUUGUGACUGACCAUAGAUCUUUGUGGAAAUAGUCAAGAUAUCUCCAGCAUAUGAUGGCACUUGUGUGGGUGUAUUUGCUUUAUUGACAAUAUAAACUGUUGAUAUGUGUGUGUGUAUGUGUAUGUAUGUAUGUAUAUAUAUAUGUAUGUAUGUGUGUAUAUGUAU